GACGUCGACGUCGCGAAACAAGUGAAGUCGGCGAUCGCGCUCCUCGACGCUAAAUUGUUAGUUCUCUCCAAAUCGUAGCAGGUCGUGGCACGCUUCCUUGAUCAUUCGCAAGGAAGACAACGUGGUUGUCUUGUUUUUUUUUCACUUGGAUUUGGCCACAUGGUUUGACUAACGGACUACAUCUACGUGUUGUGGCUUGCUGGCUCGAUUUUUUCGUUGGACUAUAGUCGACUAGUGGGAAAAGACUAUUUGUGGUAGUUGGAAAAUGUUACUGCAAACUGAACACUCGAACGCCAACGGCCACUCGGCCCACGGUACCACUUCGCGACUCAGAAAUGGUACUCAGAGUGCUCAGUACCAACACCAUCCGCGACUCAUGGACUCACCCACACUCGCCAGAGUCGAGCGUGCCAUGCUGAGACAUGACGAAGGUACCAACAGGGAAGGACAAGAUCUUAUAAGGGCAGGAUACACUCAGUCUCUCUUAUCAACCAGCAACUAUGGGAAAGAGGCGACCCAUGCCAUCAAAAGAGGUUUGCUCUGGCAACAGAGAGAUAAGCUCUUCAGUCGCUGGAAAGAGAGAUAUUUCAUCCUGACCAGAGAUUAUCUGCACUGUUUCCGAAGAGCGUCUGGUGCAGACAGAAUUUCGGAAAUGGGCCAGUUCUUAUUCAAAGUGAAGCUAGUUGAUGUCGAUAGAGUCGAGUGGGAAAACAAGAAAACCUACAGUACUGUCGCUCUAGUCAUUGGAAGAGAUGGGAAGAUAUAUCUCAGAGCUGCUGAUGGUUUGGAAGAUUGGUUCGAACUCUUGGAAGAGUGCAUGUUAACCAGCAAGGAAAGACGCAGAGCUCUGAGACACUCCCACGAUGGUAGACCGAAGAACAAUAACAACAACACCUCCUCUUUAGAUGAUUGGCUGGCUGCUCGUCAAAAAUUUCCGAUGGGACGACUGCUUGUAGACAACACUUCCACACCUAAACCAGAAGUGACUCUAAGACGUAGAGAGUGGAGCCCAAGAGACGAAGACUGGGACCAUCCAACAUUGGAUAACAGAUUAUCCCGGGUCUUGAAAGCAGCAAGAACAAAGAAGCGAGGUAAUAAACGUAAAUGGUUUGCGGGAAGGAAGCCCACUUUACUUACAGACAUCGACAUCAACUCUUACGAGGACAGUACUUUAGGAGCACCGUCAGUUACUUCAUACAGAAUGAGUCGCGAUGUUUUGUGCAUCCAACCGCCAUCUCUAAGGGCUUCGGGUUCUUUCAGAUCCACCAGAGACACCAGCCAGCCUCCAAAGAGAGUCGCCAAUAUCCCGGAUGCUCAAUGUCAGCAUAUCAAGUUCAGAGAACGUUCUUAUAGCGACAUUCAACGCAUCGAAAGAAAACCUUGGAGGUCCCUGGCGUUAGCCAACCACCAGUAAAGGUUCAACAAAAAUCUACCAAAAAAACCCGAUUUUUAGAAAUAUGUAUACAAUAUAAUAAUGCUAUGUGGUUAAACUAGUCGUAGAAAUUGAACUGAAUUCUUAACUAUACUAAGAACAGGUAUAUAUGUGUUCAUACUCCAAACAAGCUCAGUUAGGCCACGAAAAUGUGCAUGGAUUGUUGGGAGUUUCUUCUAGAGUUAAUUAAAUCUUGUACCAUGUACUUUAGGCUGUUUUUUAAAUACGUGUUAAGUUUGAAAUACAUUUAAAAAACCACUUUAUUUUGAUGUAGUAAUAUAUUCUACAGUUGUUUAGGGAAUCGCAUUUUUUCUCAUAUACUGUUAAAAAGCGCGUUGGUUUUUUUAGUUUCAACCCUUAGAAUGGUUAAUGCCGCCUGACUCCGAACUGUUUCCAAAGAAUACUUUAUAAUAAGUAAUUUAUCUCAGCUUUUUCUACCUUAUAUGAUGUAAAAGGUAUCCAAAUAGUUGUAGGAAACUAGUCACCUAGUAUAGGAAUGUGGUUAAAAGCCCCCUUGAGGCAAACGGUUUGUAGUUCUAAUCACUUAGUAAUUACACAUAAGAACAACUGUUUUGUUAUUACUUUGACAAUAAUUAUCCAAAUAAACGAUGAAUGUAUUUAAA